GUGCAGGUGAACUCAUUUUAAACUUUUUAAUAUUUAUUAUAAAAUUAUACAAUACCUUCUGUUCUAUUAAAAAAAAUAUAUUUCUUCAUGUCAGCAGUAAAAAUGAAGAUUCCAGAAGACAAUAUUACAACGUAUCUGACAAUGAGAAGUCACUUUAAAAAGAUAUAUGAUGUAAGACCUAGAGUAAACUGUUGGUCAGAAGCUUGUCCUAGUAAAAGAUUAUUAAAAAAUACUAUCAAUAUUCGUGAUUUUCAAGUUCUACCACAUUAUUGUAAUUCAACAAUUAGUUCUACAGCAAAAAAAUCAAAACAUCAAAAAUAUGAUAAUAAUAAGAUAUCUCGUUCACCAUCAAGUAAAAAGAAAUCCAUAAAUAGAAACUUAAAUUAUGAAUGUGCUUAUAACGAUGAAGAUUUUGGGUUUGGAUCAGUUGAAAAUAGCAAUCGAAGAUAUUAUUCUCCCGGAACCCACCAACCCCACCUUGCAGAAAACACACCUAAAAUAUUAAGCAGCCAGCAACAUAUGUUACAUUCAGAACAUGCGAAAGAACCAAUCAAAAAAAAAGAUAAGUUUUUUCAAAAUACAAUGGAUGAAUCAUACCAACGAUUUCUUGAAGAAAUGACAAACGAAGUAGUAAGACUUGACUUGUCAACAGAUAAAGCAUUGAAAAAUGUUUUUCGUAAACAUAUAAAACACAAUAUUGGAAAGCUUGAUGAGAAAAAAAUGAUGGCAGAAGUGAUGAAGGUGCAAGCAUUAUUGGAUUUACCGUUGGACAAUGAUGAUCGAUAUUCUGGAAUUGAUGACAUGCCCACACCUACAAUAAACAAUGCAACUAAUCAACAUGAUUUGCCUGUAUUAAAAUCGGCAAAAUAGUUUUUAAAUUACCAAGAUUCAUAAAAUAAUGUGUACAAUUAUUUUUAUUUUUAAUACUUAAAAAGCACCAUAUUGAAGAGGCGGGUUGUUUGCCUAACUAUUGAAUAAUUAUUAUUAAUUGCCUAUAGAUAUAUAUUGUAUUAUAUAUUAAUAUUAUUUUCUAAAUUAUAAGUUAUCAACAAUUAAUUAAAGCUAUAUUCUGUGUUCAAGUAGUUUGGCAUUUUGGAUGACGCUGAUAUUAAUUACAUAGGUACCAUAAUCAUAAGGACCAUAAAAAAAUUAUUUGAGAAUAUUUUUCAAUCCCUUGUUUGCUGUAUGUGUGACUAUGUGAAAGAAUUAUCGACUUUUGAUUUUUAAAUGGCAACAACCUUUUUAGAUUUUGUUCAG